AUGAAACUUGCUUUGUCUUUGAUCUCUUUCCUUGCCGUCGCUGUUGAGGGCAGCGGGUAUUCUCGCAUGGUUCUCAAGUACGACCAUGGCGUUCACCUCGAAGAUGUGGCUGCGGCUGUGGACGUCGCUGGGGUUCACGUCGAGCGGCAGCUGGCUUGUACUCGAGGCCUCCUUAUCUCGGUCGACGAACAAGGGCUCGAAGCUCUUCAAGACUUUGGUGGGAUCACGGUGGUUCCUGAAGAUGAUAGCCAUCCUGUUGUUCGUCGCUUGCAGGGUGUCAACACGCCUCAAGGCAACGGAGAGUGUGACUACGCGCAGACUUGCGCUAACUUGCGUACAGUCGCUGAGUUGACGGUCGACAACGUCAACGAUAUCAAAAACGAAAUCCGCAGCGAACUCGAAAACGGUGACCUUAGCUUUGAUGGAUCCCUUGGUGACAAUGCCGGUGCCGUGAUGCGUCUUUUGUUUCACGAUGCCGCCUCCUUUGACAAGAAUGAUGCUGCGAACCUCUCCGGUCUGAAUGGAUGUGUCAAUCGGGGCAACUCUGGGAACGCCGGUCUUGGAAAUGUCCAAGCUUGGCUCGUGGGUUUACAGGAAUUCCUUCUCUCGGACUACACUAUCAACAUCGUAAGUAAUGUGGAUGAUACUCGUGUGUGUGUAAACGCUGGUUGGCCGUCUUACUAA